AUGAUUGGUUUUCUCUUAAUUAUACUUCCACAAGCAUUUGCAAAUUAUUUUGAAUAGAAGUUGUCAAGACAUGUUUAUGAAUACAAAGAUGUUCAAAAAGAGGAUAUAGUCACGAGUAUCAAACCUCCAAAAUGUUCAGAUGAAUUCUUAAAUUAUUAUCAUAAUGACACUUUUGUUACUCAAAUCUGUUUUACCAAGAACGUAUUUUAUAAUGUGGAAGUGAUCUUGGGAGAUCAUAUAGAUAAUAAAAGCAUUUUUUCAUUGGCUCUUGAUUUAACAUCUCCUUGGACAUGGUAUAAGUCAAAUUCAUGUGUGAGUUGCAAAAACCUAAAUUCAUUAAAAUUUGACAAUAACAAAAAGUGCAAAAACUCAAAGAAAGUUGGAAAGUGCAUUGAUUCAAAUUUUGAAAAAUUAUUCAAUGCAACUAAAUGGAAUGAUAUCAACGUUCAUGGUUAAAUAUACUCACCAGAAUCUUUAAUUUAAGGAACUUUUCAAACUGACACCAUAAAAUUACUUGCAUACAAUUCUUCAAAAAAAAUGACAAUAUCUCAAUUCCUCUCAUACGAAUGGGGGAACAGCACUCCCCCUGCCUUAGUUAAUAUCACAGGAUUGCAGAUGCUUUAGGCAGAUUACAUUAACACUGAAUUACCGAUUUUGGCAGAUGGUGUAAUUGGAUUCGGAUUCGGCUAUACCGAAACAGAUGAAGAGAAGGCAUAGAGUAAUACAGACUUCGUUGAAAAAUUAGUAUAAGAAUAAACUUAGCUCCAUUUGACCAGAUAAUAAUUCGCUCUGUACACUUAUUAGAGUUCCCUUAAUUUUUCAGAGAUGGUAGUGUAAGUGGGAGGAUUUGAUUACAAGUAUGUCCAUAGACAGCAAUAGAAUGUGAAAUGGAUAGAUAGAAUUGAAAAAUCUGGUUAUUAUUGGAUGAUUUAGGUGGAUAAAAUUCAAUUUAUUAAUGGCUAAGGCAAUGAUUUGAUCAAUGCAAACUUACCCAUUAACAAAGCCUUACUAACUCUGAACUCUUAAUUUAUCGAACUCCCCUAUAACAUUCUGAUAUCCUUAAUCCAAGCACUCGACAAUGCACAUGUAGGGACAGAAUGCAAUUUAGUAGAUGAUGAAAUGUAUUUAUUGUAUUGCAAGAACUAUCACUUCACAACAGCCACUGAUUAUCGAUUGACCUUCAAAUUUGGAGAACAUACUAUUCCUAUUGAUAAUUAUCAUUUGAUCUAUAGAAAGUGUGAGAGUGUGAGUGAAAACCAGAUGAUUUAGAAUUGUCUCUUCAAUAUCAAGGUUUCGGAAUCUGAUUAUAUUAUCUUGGGAGAACCCUUCAUCAAAAAUCAUUACAUUGUAUUUGAGAAUCAGCCAGGUAAUAAUGUGAGAAGAAUUGGCAUAAUGCCAGCUGCUGUGCAUAUGUUCUAUCCUGACAAUCCAGAUUAUUAUGAGUGGGCUCUAAUGAAAUUAGUGGGAUUCAUAUUCAUUUUCGGUUUAGUCAGCAUUUGUUCUGUAACUUUUGUUAGAAGUGUGUGUAAGGAUCUUUACAGGGCAUUUAAAUAUCGUAGGGCUUUGAAUCCGGAAGAUAAGCUGUCACUCAAACAGACAAAGGAGGUGGACGAACCAGACUAUACAACUGAGGAGGAUAUUCAAAUUCAACAGUAAAAUGAGGAUGAGAAGAAGGUAGAUGAAUGGACAUAACAAUAAGAAUAGUUUAAAUUUGGAGAGAAAUUUACUAAUUAAUAUGAAUAAAAUGCAUUGUGA